AUGGCUCCUUUAUUGUCUGCAUUUGCAUCUCUGAAUCAAAAAGAGAAUUUUAAUUAAGUUUUGAAUUAAUUAGAAGUUCUUUUCUAAAAUUUAGAAAAAGAUUUGAAUUAAGCAUUGUCUGAUGCUAUUUCUGUAGAGUUAGAAAGAAAAUAAGCUUACGAAUCUAUCAAAACUUAAUAUAGUAAAUUUAGAGAAUAAUUAGUUGAUGAAUAAAACCAUUUAGAAUAAUAUAUUGAAAUUAUGUAAUCUUGUGUUUAAAAAGAAUAAGAAAUAAUUGAUUAAGCUGCUGAAAAAAUAAGUCAUAAUAAGAAUGCUUUAGAACACGCUGCAAAUAUGUGUAUUUCAUUUGAAAAAAGUUUCUAAUCGGCCACUUAAGGUAGAAAUGAAGAAAUCGAUAUUUUAUUAAAACUUGAAGCUUUUGUUUUGUAAUAAGCUGAUGUAUUCGGACAAUAUAUUGGAGAUGACUUUUAAGAAAUUUUUUUAUCUAGAUAAGAUUCAAAUAUCUGCAAAUGGACUGAUUUAAAUAAUAAUGUUUUUGACCUUUCUCCCUUAAGAAAAUCAGAUAAAUAUGUAGUAUCAGAUGAAACAUCUGGAUUAGGAUCAUUUGAAUUAAUAUACGUAUUAAAUAUUUGUUAACCAGUAAAAUGUAAGCAAUAAGAUGCAGCAGUUUAUGAAGGAUUAAAAGUAUUAGACUAAAUAAUUGAAGAUUGUGAUAUAAUUGCAUACUAAUAAAACGCGAUUUUUUCCCAUAUUGAUAACGAUCCUCAUAAAGGUGUUUCGUUAUUAUUUUAAGGAGAUACCUGUGCCUUAGCCCCUUCAAUAAAAUAUGAUGAAAAUAAUAAUUUAGUGGCUACAUAACCUAAAUAAUCUGAUUAGAAAAAAAAGGCUAUUAUAAAUAUUGAAUGCAGCACUGUAGAAGAACCUAAUUUUAGGAUUGAUUCUUCUGAUUAGUGUAAUCUUUAAUUUUUUAUUAAAAGCCCUUAUGGAUGUAUUGGAGGAGCUUCUGUUUUAGCUUUACUUUUUGCUGGGUAUAUAUUUUUAGGAUCUUAUAUUAAUAAAAGUAAAUAUGGACUUACUGGAAGUGAAGCAUUUCCUAAUUUCCUUUUUUGGUAAGACUUCCCUUAUUUAGUAAAUGAUGGAGUCAAAUUUAGUAUUUUUUAAGCAACUGCAGGUUUGAGAAUAGUAAAAGAAAAAUUCGGAGGUUAUAAAGAUAGAGGAAUUUAAGCAGGAUAUAAUACUAUUUGA